UGAGCAACUUUCUACCAAAUUGGCGGGUAGCAACUAUCAAAGUAAACAGAUGUUCUCCGGCCCCACAUUUUCCAAAUGUAAGGCUCACAGCUUCGCAGAAUGCAAAGGAAUAAGAAAGGAUUUAAUGGCGGAGGAACGGCGCUGACAAAAGGCCACACGAUUUUCUCCAUCUCAUCCUAUCUUGGAUUCUUCCACUGUUGGAUAGAUAAAAAGCUUCAUCAUCCUACGCAGUCAAACUGAUCUCCAGCUCGCCGAAGGAUUCAAGAACUUCUGAUUCCCGACUCCAGGUGAGAACAAAUUAUUCGUCGUUAGUCGUUACCAUCCCGGAAUCUUUACAUCUUUCAGUGGAGAACUUGUAUUUGGUUUGCGGGUGCUGAGAUAUGCAGUGCGUUAGCUGACCUUCGCCUCCUUUCAUGGCUGAAUUUCGAAUGCCGCUUGAUUGCAAUUGCUAGGGUUACGUGCAAUGACAUUUUGGCGCAUCUUGGCUGGGUUUAAGUUGAUGUGAAGAUAUUGUUUCCUUUCUUUAUGCAGAUGGAAGCUUGAUAAAAACAGUUCUACUCUUUUCCUUUCGAUCGGCCACAACAUGCUACCAGUUUGCUCUGCGGCCCAUUGUUGUUCUUCUCAGAUUUCGUUCCUGGGAGGCCCAGUGUUCAUUUGCCCAUACCAAAGGGAUUCUGCUUUUAAAAGCAUACUAGAAGACAGAGUUCUAUUACCAUCUUGGAAUGAAAAUCAUCUUCAAAGAAUUUCCUCGAGGACGCAAGUUGCAAAGUCUGUCUACUCCGUCAUAAAAAACAACACUCAAGCAUCAUUAGUGGCUUUCGCUGAAAAUAAUUCCUGCUUGGAGGAUUCUAAGUGCAACUUUUAUAGUGAUUGGAGUUCUUUGGGUCCUGCAACAAAUGAAAUACAGGCAAUAGGAAGUAGAACGGUCCAUUUGGAGCAGUACAAUCUAUCUGCUGCAGACGGAGAGUUGGACUUUUCAAGUGAAAACAUUGGGAGGUUGAUAAGACCCGUUGAAUCUGAAACUACAACCUUGAGUUACACAGGAAGUGUAAAUGCAAACUUGGAAUCUGCUUCAAGUGCUGUCAGUGAUAGUUCAUCUUUCAGUGCAACAGCUAGUUUUGAUGAUCUUUUCUCAAGGAUACUAGACUCAGUUGGUACGUCAUUGAAUAAGGGGGACAGUACUGUGACAGGCUCACUAGACUCAAUCAAUUCAUCUCUGACCUCGAUCUCUAAAAGCGCUUCACAAGCAGUAGACAGUAUCUGGAACAGAGUUUUAUCUAAUAUUGAUCAAUCAGGAGAACUGGCCGGCAAUAGAUUGUCUGGUUUGUUAAAUGAUUCAAAAGAAGCCACAACCAGACUAACUGGAGUUUCAGCUGAUGUGUUGAGAAAGACGAUUAUUUCAGUGGAAGAUUCUAUUGUGAAGGGAGCUUAUGUCGUUGUUUAUUCUUAUGGCUCUGCAAAAGAAUUGCUUCCUCCAGAGAUAAAAGAUACAGUAAAUGUAUCAGAAGACAAAGCUAUUAAGAUUCUGAGGCCCAUUGGAACAGCUUUUCAGCAGGUAUUUACUGCUAUUGGUGGGCUGGAAAGAAGUUUUGGCAUAGAUCCUGAAGAUCCAAUUAUCCCAUUUAUUCUUUCUCUUGGAUCUUUGGCAGCUUUAUGGGCUUUUUACUGGACAUGGACAUAUGCUGGAUAUGCCGGAGAUUUAUCUGCUGAAGAAACUUUUGAACUCUUGAAAUCGGAGAAGAAAGCUAUGCUCAUUGAUAUCCGCCCUGAGAUUCUUAGAGAGAGAGAUGGCGUUCCUGAUCUCAGGCGAGCAGCUCGCUCUCGCUAUGCCAGCGUCACAUUACCUGAGGUUGACAGCUCAGUUCGCAAGUUGUUAAGAGGCGGAAGAGAAGUUGAGGACUUCUUACUAGCUGCAGUUAUAAGAAACUUAAAAGCUGUUCAGGACAGGUCUGAGGUCAUAAUUAUGGAUGCUGAUGGAUCUGUCUCCAAAGGACUUGCAAGAUCCUUGAGCAAACUUGGGGUUAAGAGAGCAUACUUGGUCAAAGGUGGGUUCAAGUCUUGGCUGAAGCAUGACCUCAGAAUCAAGGAACUCAAACCUGAGACAGCGUUAACUGUGCUCAAUGAGGAAGCUGAAGCAAUCUUGGAAGGCGUCAGCCCUGUACAAAUAAUUGGUUAUGGCGUGGGCUUGCUUGGUGCCUCAUAUGCACUACUAGAAUGGGAGAAGACUUUGCAACUUAUCGCCAUUGUUGGACUUCUACAGACAAUCUAUCGCCGCCUAGCUACCUACGAGACAUCAGAGGACCUGAGAAAAGAUGCCAGCUUGUUGUUGGUUCCUGUAAGCCUGGGCACAAGGGCAUUUUCAUGGGCUGCUGAGAAGUUGGAAACCAACGGCAUUGGCCUACCAACAUCGCCUUCAUCAUCCGCCGUUCAAAACAGAGUGCUACAAGCUGCCGCAAAGCACGAAUCUCAACCAUCUUCCGAGGUCGUUGACGGAACCCAGAAUCCAUCGCCGUCAUCUGAUGUGAAUGAGAAUGUUGAUCUUUCUGAAGCAUAGAUGAGCUUUGCCUCUUGGUGUUUGCUGCAGUAAUGGCUACUGAAAUAUGUUAGGUUGGCUUAAAGUCCUCUGUAUUGCAUCACGAUUAUGAAACUUCUGGUGACAAUCUAACCUCUUGGAUGCCGGAAUUGGACUAAGCGAAAUGACUGGAAAAACUACGUUUGUGCUGCCGCGAUUAUCAUUUCGAAUAUGCGCCAACACGAAUAAAAUACGAGAAUCUAA